UGUGUAGUGUUUCAGCAUAGUUUCAGCAAGAGCAGAUAACGAUGCUUCUGUGUUCUUUGAAUACUUUGACUGCCAUUCUCCUGUUGCUUUCUGUUAUCCAAGCCGUUAAGUCUGAGUGUAAUCCUAAAUCGGAGACAAAAGGAGAUUUAGCUUCAGUGUCACUAAUUAGCAGUUUGGAGGAUUAUGAAAAUGCAACAGAUGAAUGUGAAGAUGACCAAGGCUUAAUCGAUGAAGAUACCAACUUGAAUAGUAACAAUGAAAAUGGCCACUCUUCAUCAGAAUAUUCAUCUAAAGAUAAAAACAUGAUGGUAAUAGUUGCACUGUCAGUUGCAGGAUUCGUCGUCGUGUUAAUCAUGGUUAAUAUUAAGCUUUUCUUUGAAAUGAGGAAGAAGAUAAAGGCCAACCAACAAGAAAGUAGAGAUCAGAAUGUAGAUCGCUAGUAAAUCAGACAUCCCUG